UGCUGGAGCCCAGCACGGGUCGGGGCGAGCGGCAGGGAGCUCGGGGGUGCCGUGGAGGGCCAGCCAGGGCCACCAAGUGCUGGUGGCCACAGUUUGGCUUCAGCCUCGUCCCCAGCUCAGCCUGUGAGCAUCUUUGGUCCCCAGCGUCUGGAGCAUCCCCUGGCCAGGGCUGCCUCUCUCUUCCAGCCAGGAAGGAUCCGUCCCCUUCCCACAGAGCUGUCCCCGGAGCGUGGCAGCAAGUGAUGACCAUCAUGAGACCGCAUCCUGAAGAUGCCUCCCCAGCACCCCGGCUGGACCUGGGCAAGAAGGUGAGCACGCCACAGGACCUGAUGAUUGAGGAGCUCUCCCUGCGGAACAACCGUGGCUCCCAGCUCUUCCAGCAGCGCCAGAAGCGGAUGCAGCGCUUCGUCUUUGAGCAUCCCAGCGGCUACAGGGAGCUCCCAGGGCCAGGUGGCUCACACCGCACCGAGAAAGGUGACCCAGAGGGAACGGUGAACGAGUGGACGGCAGAGCAGGACGCUGAGGGCCAGCAGAGUUAUCACUCCGAGCUCCACGUGGCAGCAUCGCCCCAGGGCAGCCCCCCCGAAGUGCCCAAGAAGACAGAGAAAGUUUUGCAGAUGAGCAAAAUCCUCAACCCUGACGCUCUGGCCCCUGGAUACUCAGGCCCCCUCAAAGAAAUCCCCCCGGAAAAGUUCAACGUUACUGCCAUCCCCAAGGGCUACCGCUCCCCGUGGCAAGAGCUCCUUGGUGACAAGGAAAAGUCUGUGCACGGCGAGAACCAGCCACCCAUGAGACCCACUCCAUGGGAUUUCAAAAGCUUCAACAGGACCCCCACCCCAUUUGACAGAGCACUGGUCAGCGACCUGUUCCCUGUGCCUGCCAUGGAGCUGGAGAAGCUGAGCGCUCUGGAGGUGAUUUCCCACAGACGUAACUUCAACAGAGUGCCACAAGGGUGGGUGCGGAUUCUACCGGAGAGCGAUGAGCUGUAGGAUGUGCAUACCCUUCCCCAUCACCACGGCUGCUUUUCUCGCUAGUCUCAAAUGUACUUCGCACGGUAGGGGAGAAGGGAGUAAGUAUUCUUCGUGAAAGCUAAGCUAGCGGUCUCGGGUCAUCAUCCUCUUCAACGGGAUUUGAACAGCUCAAGUCUGGGACCAUUCUGAAUUCUCCUCGUACCAGCCAUUAUCACAUGGGCAUUUAGUGCUAAGCUAACGGCCAAGUUCUCAUCGUUAAUGCAAGCAGAUCCCUGUAAGCUCCCAUACAAAACAGCCUGUCCUCUUCCCUGCCUCAUGGAAAACGGCAGGACUGCCAACUGCAACACACCAAGCUGUCUCGCUGCUUCUUCACCGACACACAAGACCUGCUCCAACAGCUGGUGCCUUCGCAGAGAAAUUCCACCUUCAGGACAACUCUACAUCUGUCAUUCCGGUCGGGACAGAGAGAGGAGGAGGUAGUUGAAGAACACCAGCAAAACAAGCUACUGGAGGCAUCAGGAUGUUAAAAGCAGUUACCUUGGGCUUGGCUGGAGAACAAAAACAAACGAGGAACUGGCCAUCUGCCUGUUCACCAACACACGUACAGCGCAGCCGGGGUAGAUGGGAGGGGAACACUGGGAAUUGGAACUUGCGCCCCAUUUUCCAUAAGCGACUGGCUAGCACUUGGCAGCUGAUAUUUUCCCCUUCCUACUGCUAUUUGCAUGCCUUGCUUAAACAUCUAAGCCCUUUGACUGACUUAUGCCAGAUUUACUUCAUAUAGUUGGUCCGUAAGGACCUGGCUCCGCCUGGACCAGCUGUACCCCAAAACUGCACCAGCCUGAAGAUCCUGCCAGGGUGUUCUGGUUACUUCAACACCAGUGGGAAGAAAAGCAGUGCAGCCAUGGCUUGAGCAAGCCCAGGCUCCUCCGCGAAUGUGAAAAUCAGCAGGGAGGGUUCAACCGCACAAAUGUUUUUAGUGGUGACACACAGUAGGACACGCAGCUAACAACAGUCUAUAGGACAGUCAUCACAACAGCUGGAAACCCCGCUAACAAAAAAUCUCUAACUUAAUACAGGCUAUCUACAACUGCUUUUGUCAGGUUCUUAAUGUUACCCUUAUUUAAUCUUGCAAAAGCAGGAGCAUCAGGAUAAAAGUUUCUUUUUCCACCACUGUGGUUAAACCAGGCAAGUAAAUUUUGUGGUAAAAAUGCAGUUAACAGCUGCCUGACUUCUGAAGUGUAUUUGCAAUGCUGCACAGCCAGAUGUGCAGAGCAAAUCCCACACAGGGAUUCUGCUGCCACAACACACCGUUCAGGCAGGAAACCGUCAUUGCUCUGUUCUUCCCACAGAAGCAGGAGGGGACAAGGAAAUAGAAGAAAAAAAAAAAAAGGUCUGUUCCUUAAACAUUAAGAAUUUAUGAUGCUCAGCUGCUGUCCUGUUCCAAGCCCAUCUCUCGUCCUUUGUCCAUCGGCUGGAGAACCUGUGUACCUGGCUGGAAACAAUAAAUAAAUUGCAAUGAUGU